AUGCAAUCAGGAAAGUAUUGGAGUAUCUUGAUUUUCAAUCCAUAUUUUCACCUUUUCAGUAUUGAAAUCAGUGUGAGCUUCAAUACAAUCAGUCUGAAAAUAUUCUCGAACGAUUUGGAACACUGGAAGAAAAAUUACGUCGAGUAUAACAAAAAUGCGAAUGGAGGGUACUCGGUGGUAUGGUUUAAGAGGAAUGAAGAAAAACGGAAAAUUAUGGAUUUUGGGUAUUGUAUCACUGCUUUUUUGGAUGAUCUGAAAAUUAUAUUGCGACAUCAAAAGUCGGUUCUCAAUAGUUUUAGUGUGUUUUUUGAAAACGGCUACAAUGUGGUAAAUGUUCAUGAAGGAUUGAAGCAGAUUUUUCAAAACAAGGAUCAUUUUUUGAAAUCCCAGAAACUCUGUAUGAUAGUGAAAGAUGACAAUGAUGUCCUACCAAUUCUAUGUCUAAUGGAUCCUCUUGAACUGGAAAUUAUUGAAAUUCAUCGAUUAGGAAUCUAUGAAGAGGAUCCCAUGCUGUUGAUGGAUCAUCUGGUGGAAAUGGAUCAGUGGAAAAAUGCAGAAGAAUUGAGGAUUGAGGGAUAUCGUCUCUCGAACUAUUACGAUCACAUUUCGCAUUUUAAAAAUGUGGAAAUUUCAUUAAAAACAAUAACAGUGGAAUUAAUCGUUAGUCUUAAAAAUGUGAGUUAA